AUGUUGCAGCUGCUAAAUCUCAAAAUUGAGGAUCCAGGUUGCUUCUGGGUUAUUAUAAAAGGGUGUAGUCCCUUUUUAGAUCAUGAAGUUGACUAUCAAAAACUUAAUAGAGCCAUGAAUGACUUCUAUAAUACCAUGAGUCAAGACAUAGAAAUAAAACCAUUAAUGUUGGAGGAAGGGCAGGUGUGUGUGGUUUACUGUCAGGAACUCAGGUGCUGGUGCCGGGCUGUCAUUAAGUCGAUUGUGUCUUCAGCAGACCAUUACCUGGCAGAGUGUUUCCUUGUGGAUUUUGCCAAGUACAUUCCAGUGAAAUUGAAAAACAUCCGAGUUGCAGUAGAAACUUUUAUGCAGCUUCCCUAUAGAGCAAAAAAAUUCAGACUGUACUGCACAAAGCCUGUUACAUUACACGUUGACUUCUGCGAAGACAGUGCUAAGAUUGUACGCGCCAAGAAGUGGGAUGCUGCAGCUAUUCAGUACUUUCAGAACGUUCUAAAAGCAACUACCCAGGUGGAAGCCAAAUUGUGUGCUGUGGAAAAAGAUACUUUUGAGGUUUACCUUUAUGUAACUAUUAAAAAUGAAAAAGUUUGUGUUAAUGAUGAUCUGGUUGCAAAGAACUUCGCCUGUUAUGUGUCACCCAUGGAGAAUAAAAACCUUGAUUCUUCGGAGAAACCAGCCUUGAAUAUAAAGUCAGCACCCUUUCCCAAUAAACUCAACCCGGCACUUGCUCUUUGGCCAAUGUUUUUGCAAGGAAAUGACUCUCAAGGAAUGGAAAGUGAGUUCCUGGUGCAGUCUCUCCAGCAUUCAUGGCCCAAGUGUGUGGCGGGUGACCCAGGGCCAAUGGCCCGAUCUCGGCUGAAUAAAACUAUAAAAUGUAACAUGGAUUCCUUGAGUGGUUCACCUACAAAAAAAUCUGAAGAGAAACAACAAUGCAUCUCUUUAAAAGAUGUAAAUAAGUGUGUUGAAUCUUCAGUGUACUGGCCAGCAAAAAGAGGCAUAACCAUAUAUGCUGAUCCAGAUAUACCAGCACCCAGUGCUUUAUGUGAGAAGUCAAACGAGAAACCACUUCGACUGGCUGAGAAGAAAGAACACAAUGAGAAGAAUGGCUGUGUAAAAUUAUUGCAGUUUUUAAAUCCUGAUCCUCUGAGAACUGACGGAAUCUCUGAUCUGAAACAGUUGCAGAAGCUGACGAGCUCGCAGCCGCCCUCUGCCCUGCUCCAGAACAGGGUGGAGCCUUGCCUCUCCCUCGACACGGCGCCGCUGUCGGCCGGCCUGAAAAAGGCUCUUCAAAGAAAUAAGUUUCUGGGACCUAGCCACACUGAAUCUUACUCUUGGCCUCCCAUAGCACGUGGCUGUGAUGUGGUUGUCAUUUCUCAGUGUGGAAAUGACCCUUUGUUGUACCUUCCACCAGUGCUUACGAUUUUGCAGACAGGGGGCUGCUACAAGUCAUUACCAAGUAGAAACGGACCUCUGGCAGUCAUCGUGUGUCCUGGGUGGAGAAAGGCCCAAUGUAUUUUUGACUUAUUGGGAGAGUAUAGCGUGUCCUCCAGGCCUCUUCAUCCUAUGGUGUUAACCAUUGGACUCCACAAAGACGAAGCCAAAAAUAUGAAGCUUCCAAGGGGGUGUGAUAUAAUUGUUACAACACCACAUAGCCUCUUGAGACUUUUCAAAUAUCAAAGCUUGUUAUUUCUUAGACUCUGCCACCUCAUUUUGGACGAGGUGGAAGUAUUACUCUCUGAAGCUAAUGAACAAGUGUUUGCUAUACUAGAUAACUUUAAAAAAAAUAUUGAAGUUGAAGAAAGGGAAUCUGCACCACACCAGAUUGUCGCAGCUGGGGUUCGCUGGAGCAGGCACCUAGAGCACGUCAUCCGGGAGUUCAUGACCGAGCCCUACGUGGUCGUCACCGCCAUGGAGGAGGCCGCGCUCUGUGGCAGCGUCCAGCAGGUUGUACAUCUUUGCCUAGAAAGUGAAAAGACCUCUACUUUACUCCAAACUCUUGAUUUCAUCCCCAGUCAGGCACAGAAAACCUUGAUCUUUACCUGUUCUGUAGCUGAAACUGAAACAGUGUGUAAGGUAGUAGAAAGCUGUUCAGUAUUUUGCUUGAAAAUGCAUAAAGAAAUGGUUUUUGAUUUAAAAAGUGUAUUAGAACAGUGGAACAAGAAGUUAAGUUCUGGCUCUCACAUUGUAUUAGCCCUGACCGAUGACUGCACACCCUUCUUGGCCAUCACCGACGCCACGUGUGUCAUUCACUUCAGCUUCCCUGCUUCGCCCAAAAUUUUUGGUGAACGUCUAUAUUGCAUGUCUGAUCAUUUUCAGAGUUUAACUGAACAGGGUUCUCCUGCAAAACCGGGAGAUACGAAAACGAGGUCUGUCUUGCUGCUGACGGAGAGGAGUGCCGGCCAUGCCGUUGGUGUUCUGCGCUACUUGGAAAGAGCGGAUGCCAAGAUCCCGUCGGAGCUGUAUCAGUUUACUGCAGGGGUUCUAGAAGCUAAGGAAGAGAAAAAAGCCAGAAGGCCUCUUUGUCCAUAUCUUAAGGCUUUUGGAUUUUGCAAACACAAAAGGAUUUGUCCUGAGAGACACCAUGUUAAUCCAGAAAUAGACAUGCCAAGGAAAUUAUCCGACCAGGCGAUACCGACGUUUGGAUACAUUAAAAUAAUACCCUUUUACAUUGUGAAUGCAACACAUUACUUUGGCCGUAUAGUUGAUAAACAUGUGGAUCUUUAUGCAACUCUUAACGCUGAAAUGAAGGAGUAUUUUGAAGAUACCAGUAAUAAAACAACUGUUGAACAGGUGGAGAAAUUUGGACUAUAUGGAUUAGCAGAAGAAACAGUUUUUUACAGAGUUCAAGUGCUGGAGAUGGGCCAGGAGGAAGACCAGUGGGCCCUGGAUAAAGUCCUGGUGAAGUUUAUAGAUGAAGGCAGGACUGGGCUCGUCCCAAGAGAUCAGCUGCUGCGUCUCCCAGAAAGUUUCCGCCCCCUGCCCCCCCAGGCAGUGGAGUUCAUUGUUUGCAGAGUGAAACCUGCUGACGGUGAAAUUGAAUGGAAUCCUAAGGUUACUAGGUACAUUCAUCACAAAAUUAUUGGAAAAUUGCAUGAUGCAAAAGUGAUACUGGCUUUAGGAAAUACAGUUUGGAUUGAUCCAAUGGUGCACAUCACAAAACUUUUAAAUUUGAAAACUUCUGUCAUUGAUUACAAUGUUCGAGCAGAAAUUUUGUCAAUGGGAAUGGGCAUUGAUAAUUCAGAACACAUAGAACAACUGAAAAAAUUAUACAAAGGAGCUAAAAUGCCACCUGUCGAAAAAAGCCUAAGCCAGACCCUAGUGCCCCCGCCAGAAGGCCUGCGAAGCACACAGCAAGAGGAUGCGGACAGGGGUUCAGAAAGACGUGCUGACUCUGAGAGAGACGCAGAAAACCAAAAGCAUGAAACUGCACCUGAAAACACCGGAGAUGCUUCCAUUAACAAAACCACAGAGCCUCUGAAAAGCUUCCACCCACAGAUAAAGUGGUUCCAGAAAGAUGAUGUGGUCAUACUGAGGAUGCGGAUAAGGAAUGUGAAAGAUUACAAAUGCAAAUAUUUUAGAGAUCGAGUCACUUUUAGUGCCUGGGUAGGAGAGAAGUUUUACUUGGCUGAUUUGGAGCUGCAGGCCAACAUAAUAAAAGAUGAUUGCAAGUGUGCAAUUAAAAAUGACGAACCCGUGAUCACCCUUGCGAAAGAGAGAAGGGAACCCUGGCACAGCUUACUCAGACAGAGGAAUCCUAAUGUGGCUUUUGAUUUUGACCACUGGGAAGAAUGUGAAGAGGAGAGCCACUUCUCCAAGGUCGUACACACUAAAAACCUGUCCUGCAAAGUGGCAGAGGUGACCAGUGAGGACAGUGACCAAACUUCAGAGGAUGACGGAAGCGAGAGCGAAUGA